CUCGCGAUAUCCCAGAGCGUCAUCUCGUGUCUCCGCCAUCCUUGCAGCUCUUUGCAGAAGGGCACGGAGAGGCCGAAACAAGGUGCCCCAGUGUAGAGACUACUUGGCUCUUCAUCCUUCAAACAUGCUGUCCAGGCUCGUCUUUGUCUCAGCCAAUGCCCUGAAGAGCAGCGGCGCCCUUGGAGCUGGUCUGGUCCAGGCAUCGCGCUCCCUGCACACAUCAUCCCAGAGUCUGGCCCCAGUGCCCCCUCUACCAGAGACGGGAGGCAAAGUCCGUUAUGGUCUGUUCCCAGAGGAGCUUUUCCAGCUCCUGUACCCCAAAACUGGAGUGACAGGACCCUACAUGCUGGGCACUGGCCUCCUCGUCUACUUGCUUUCCAAGGAAAUCUACGUCAUUAACCAUGAGACCUUCGUUGCCGCCUCCAUAGCUGCUGUCGUCGUCUAUGGCAUCAAGAAAUUUGGUCCAGGUGUUGCAGCUUUUGCUGACAAACUGAACGAAGACAAAAUGGCUAAGGCUCAGGAGGUGAAGGACCUCGCCAUGGCCAGCCUGACUCAGGGCAUUGAAAAUGAGAAGAAAGAACAGUGGAGAGUAGAGGGAAGAUCAAUGCUCUUUGACGCUAAGAGGAACAAUGUGGCCAUGCUGUUGGAGACCAACUACAGAGAGAGGCUACACAUGGUGACCAACGAGGUGAAGAGGCGCUUGGACUACCAGAUCGCCCUGCAGGACCUCCACCGCCGGAUGGAGCAAGAGCACAUGGUCAACUGGGUGGAGAAGAGUGUUGUAAGCAGCAUCACACCUCAGCAGGAGAAGGAGAGCAUCGCCAAGUGUAUCGCAGACUUGAAGGCUCUGGCCAAGACCGCUCAAGCUCGAGCUUAAACUGUCAAGUCUUCAGAGAAGGCUUCUCCAACCCCCCAACUCAUUGUCUGAUGACGAGACACUCACUUUUCUUUACAGAAUAAAAUAUUUCCUCUUCAAAGAUUGUCUCUGUCAAUAUUAUGGGUGUGUACAGUAUUUACACGUCAGCUGAUGGUAAAAUAAAUGCUUCUCUUAUUCAUCUUAAA